UCCAUGAAAAGAUCAGUCUCCAUGGCGAGAGCAGAAAUUAAACUCUAAUUAAUUGGAAUUGCAGGUCGACUGAAAGAUGUCAGCAAGCAGACUUCAGUCCACCCCAACAAAUCUUAGCCCCACCGUACAGGCGGGAUGAAUUCUGAGGUGGAGUAUGAUCCUGUGAAGUAUUUAAGGUCUGUUUCAGUGUGCUGAAUGAAUCACGGGUUCGUUCUUCCGGUGGAAAGCAAAAGGCAAGAGAAACAGAGUUUUUUGUUCUCGUGCAAGAGUUCUUGUUCUUAGGUGAAGGUGAGCAUAGCCAUACUCCAAAUCUAGUCUUUUGAUUUGUUCUGGUGUAGUGUAACUGUAAUGGGUAGCGUUUUUAGAGACUUCCUGUACUUGUGCUUGUGCUUCUACUUUGCUUUGCUCCAUACUGCUGCUGGGUUGAGCUCUGAUGGAGAAGCUCUGCUUUCACUACUGGAAGAUCUGUCUGUACCUCCCUCUAUCAAGUCGAGCUGGAACUCAAACGAUUCCACUCCUUGUAACUGGCAUGGAAUUCAAUGUGAUGGCCUGAAAAAGAAUGUGAUCUCCCUGAACAUGUCGGGUCUGGGAAUCUCCGGUUCAUUGAGACAGGAGAUUGGCCAGUUGAGAUCCCUCAAGAGGCUUGACCUUAGUGACAACAAUUUCUCGGGUUUGAUCCCGGUAGACUUGUCCAACUGUAGUCUGCUUGAAUACUUGGAUCUAUCGAUGAAUGGUUUCACCGGUGAUGUGCUUGGAAAAUUAGCAAACUUGAGGGGGCUCAGAUUUUUAUCUCUGUUUGAUAAUUCCCUGAGUGGGGAGAUACCAGAGUCUUUGUUCCAGAUUCCACGUCUGGACACUGUUUAUCUCUACGCUAAUAGGUUCACCGGGUCUAUCCCGUCGAAUGUAGGAAACAUGACUGAUCUUGUUUCUCUGUGGCUCUAUAGUAAUCAAUUAUCAGGGAUGAUACCAGAAUCUAUUGGGAAUUGUACUAAAUUGGAAGAACUCUAUCUUACUGACAACCAGUUAGUUGGAGUUUUGCCUGAGAGCCUAAACAAUCUUCAGUUCCUUGCUUACUUGUAUGUCAGUUCGAACAGACUUGAGGGCAGGAUAAAGUUGGGGGGUUCUGGUAGUUGCAAGAAUUUGCAGGAAUUGGUCCUUACUUACAAUCAAUUUGAUGGAGAAAUACCAUCAGGCUUGGGCAACUGCAGUGGCUUAACAACCUUGGCUGCCCUGGGUAAUAAAUUAACAGGUCAGAUCCCUGCUUCCUUUGGGUUACUAACUCAGCUGGAGCAACUUUACCUCAAUGAGAACUCUUUGUCAGGGGUAAUCCCACCAGAGAUUGGAACCUGUAGUUCCUUGAAGGAAUUACUCUUGCAUACAAACCAACUUGAAGGCAAAAUUCCAAGUGAGUUGGGAUCUUUGAGUAAUUUAGAGGACCUUGAGUUGUUUACAAACAGAUUGACCGGAGAGAUUCCAAUUAGCAUUUGGAAGAUUCCAACCCUUAAGUAUCUCCUGGUCUAUCAGAACAAUUUGUCUGGGGAAUUACCUUUAGAGAUUACUGAGCUCCACCGUCUGGAAAACAUUUCGUUGUAUAGCAACCAUUUUUCUGGAGCCAUACCCCUGGGCUUGGGGAUUAAGAGUAGUUUGGUGCAAUUGGAUUUAACUAACAAUUCAUUCUCUGGUGAAAUCCCUCCAAGUCUUUGCUUUGGAAAACAAUUGAGAAUUUUGAAUAUGGGUCUGAAUCUACUUCAAGGUAGCAUUCCCUCAGAUGUUGGAAGCUGUCCAACCUUGAAAAGAUUGAUUCUUAAGAACAACCGUCUCACAGGUCCCCUUCCCAAUUUUAUGAAAAACCCAAACCUUCUAUUCAUGGACAUUAGAGGAAAUAACAUAAAUGGGACAAUUGCUUCAAGCUUGGGGAAUUGUACCAAUCUUGCGACAAUAAAUUUGUCCAUGAACAACCUUACAGGACCCAUUCCUCAAGAAAUAGGAAACCUUGUGAACUUACAGCUUUUAAAUUUGUCUCAUAACCAUUUGAUAGGUCUGCUACCUCCACAAAUCUCAAACUGUAACAAAUUAUUGAAAUUGGAUCUGGGUUUCAACUCAUUAAAUGGUUCCAUUCAGUUGUCUCUGAGGAACUUGACAGAAUUAUCCAAUUUGAUUUUGAGAGAGAAUAUGUUCAGUGGGGGGAUUCUUGAUUUCUUUUCAGCACUUGAAAAGCUUUCAGAGCUACAACUUGGAGGAAACUUUCUUGAGGGUGAAAUUCCUCCAUCCCUUGGAUUAUUGCAGAACUUAAACUUUGCUUUGAAUCUCAGUGGUAAUAGACUGACAGGAAAAAUUCCAUCAGGGAUGGGAAAGUUGAGUUAUCUGCCAAGUUUGGAUUUAUCUUGGAACAAUCUGACAGGAAGUUUAGCAGAGCUUGGUACCCUAAAUUCAUUAGUUGAGUUGAAUGUUUCAUAUAAUCACUUCAGUGGUCCACUACCGGACAGAUUGAUUAAGUUUCUAAACUCCUCACCUUCUUCAUUCUUGGGAAAUCCGGGCCUCUGUGUUCCUUGUCUUAUUGGAGAUGGCUCAAGUUGCAUUGUAAACAGCAAUCUCAGCCCGUGCAAUCAUGAAUUGCAUGAUCAGAAACACCUCACCAGAAUAAAGGUUGUGAUGAUAGCUUUUGGGUCAUCAUUGUUCUGUAUUCUAGUGCUUCUCUUGUUCUGUUACAUGUGUUUCAAGUUGAGAAGAGAAAAACUUAAAUUUGAAACCUCUGUUCAUGAAGGUUCAUCUUCCUUACUGAGUGAAGUUAUGGAGGCUACUGAUAAUCUAAACAGCAGAUUUAUCAUUGGGAGAGGAGCCCAUGGAAUUGUUUACAAGGCAGACUUGGGUCCAGAGAGAAUUUAUGCUGUAAAGAAGCUUACAUUUUCGCAUCAUAAAGGAAAAACCAUAAAAAGUAUGGUUAGAGAAAUUGAAACUAUUGGAAAGAUCAGGCACCGAAAUCUGGUAAGGUUCGAAGCCUACUGGUUGAUGGAGGACCASGGACUCAUCUUGUAUAAUUACUUGGAGAAUGGAAGCCUCUAUGAUGUUCUACAUGAGAUCAAGCCAGUUCCGGUCCUCAAGUGGGAAGUGCGUUACAGGAUAGCACUAGGAACCGCCCAUGGGUUAGCAUAUCUGCAUUAUGACUGCAAUCCUGCAAUUGUUCAUCGAGAUAUCAAACCAAAUAACAUAGUUUUGGACACUGACAUGGAGCCUCACAUCUCUGAUUUUGGCAUUGCCAAUCUCAUGGAUAAAUCUUCUACCUCAACUCAGUCCAUCACAGUUGCAGGCACCAUUGGAUAUAUAGCACCUGAGACUGCAUUUAAGGUAGUGAAGAGCAAGGAAUCAGAUGUGUACAGCUAUGGGGUGGUUCUGCUUGAACUGAUUAUCAGAAAGAAAGCUUUGGAUCCUUCAUUUCAACAGGACAUGGACAUAGUUCACUGGGCACGUUCAGUAUGGAGCAAAACUCAAGCCAUUACCAGGAUUGCAGAUCCAAACCUUAUCGAAGAAUUCAUGGGCUCUAUUGCCAUAAAAGAAGUUAUCAAUGUACUAUUGGUGGCAUUAAGAUGCACAGCAGAUCAUCCAAGUGAGAGACCAACAAUGAGAGAUGUGGUGAAGCAGCUAUUAGAUGCUAAGGACCAAGUUAUACAAAAGUUUAGUUAGAUUUGAAGUUUGUUGGUAACUUAGGUUUUUCUCACUUUAAAUUGUAUUUUAUGUUAAAUUUAAUAACAUAUUUUGUACAUAGCUAUGUAAUUCUUGAUAGAAGUUUAUGGAGUGAGAACUCUAACCAUCUUACCAUCAUCAUAUUGUUGUGCCAUAGAUAAGUAUACCCUUAAGCAAGUUGAAGGUGAAAGUUUAAGUUUUACCAUCCUCUUUUUGUCCAGUGUAAACAUUAAGCUAGGGGAUGGUUACAUAGACAGCAGGAGAGGUCACUAGAGUUGGUACCAGGAAUGUGACCGACUGUAUGGAUGAAGAAGGUAACAAGUUGCAGAAAGACAUGUACGCUCGCUUGACUGUAUAGAUACCCUGAGUAAUUCCUUUUUCAGAGCAGUUUUUCAGCUUGAAUAUUUGGCACUUGGCCUCAGUUGUAGAAUGUGUUCGACUGAGAGAGUAAUUUGCCAUUCAAUCUCA